CAAUAACCUGUCUCCUGAUGACUGUAGCUGCUUCACUGAUCCAUCACGUGUCCACGGUGACAGAUCUCUACAUGAUUGGCCUCUACCCUUUCCACGGACCAUGGAAUGGUGGCGCCGCCAUGUUGGCCGGCAGUAAGAUUGCCCUACAGCAGAUUAACGAAAGAAGCGACGUGUUGCCUGAUUACAGACUUAAUCUUCUGUGGAAUGACACUGGAUGCGACCCGGGUCUUGGACUGAACAUUAUGUUCGAGCACCUGUACACCCCUCCUACCAAAAUAAUGAUCAUCGGUGCGAUGUGUUCCACUGUGUCUCAAGCAACAGCCCAGGUGUCCUACUUGUGGAAUGUUGUACAGGUACGAAUGUCUUCUAUCAGUUAUAGCGCCAGUUUCUGUUGCAAUUUUAAUAUUUAA